UCUGACGUUCUCAUACUUAUAUCAAAAUGGAAGGAAAACUUUGCCAAGAAAAGUACGAAUUUAUCUCAUUAAAUGAGUGCGUUGACGCUUUUGAGAAGAUGAAAGAAGGUUUUAAUUCGGGAGAAUUAUGUGACAUAACUCUUAUUGUUGGUGAUAAAAAGAUCCAUGCUCACAAAGUAGUUUUGAGUUCAGUAAGUCCCUAUUUUAAAGCAAUGUUUACCUGUGGUAUGUCUGAGGCUAAUAAAGAUGUAGUCACGAUUAAAGAUGUCGAUGAAGAAAUAUUUCACCUACUUAUUGAAUACAUAUACACCCAUCGAGUGCUAAUUCAACUUGAUAACGUUCAAAGUUUGUUGCAGUGCGCAAAUAUUUUGCAACUUGAUAGUGUUGUCACUGCAUGUUGUAAUUUCAUCUAUAGUCAUCUUAAUAUUUCCAACUGUUUAAGUGUUCGCAAUUUUUUGGAGGCCAACGGUUGUUCUAAAGUAGUUUGCAAAGUCGAUGCAUUUAUAGAGCUUCAUUAUGUUGAGAUAAUAAAAUCGCCUGAAUUUCUUGACAUAAGUUUCAGUCAUUUUAAGCAAUUACUUUCCGGCAGUAAUUUGAAUGUACCAAAUGAGGAGGUUGUUUUCAAAAGUGUCAUCAAAUGGAUCCAUCACUCUAGUACUGAGCGGCACAAUCAUAUUGGUUCAUUGAUGACAUAUGUUCGUCUGCCAAUGCUUCCAGUUUUAUCAUUAAUUUCCAUGGUUGAAAAGGAAGCAUUGAUUUCAAAAGUUAUUGCAUGCCGGGAUCUUAUUGAUGAAGCAAAGAAUUUUCAUUUAUGUCCGGACAAAGUUCCAUCAUCUGCUAGAAUAUUUCCUCGAAAGUCUUAUUCAGGCAUGUUGUUUUCUAUUGGUGGUCGAGGUAAGGGAGGUGAUCCAUUUAGCAAAAUGGAGAUUUUCAAUUGGUUGGAGAACCAUUGGAUAUCCGGCCCCAGAAUGCUGAUGCCUCGACGACAUGUUGCUGCUGCUGAAAUUAAUGGAGUCAUAUAUGCUAUUGGCGGGCACAAUGGAAGCGAGCAUUUAAAUACUGUGGAAAGUUUCGAUCCCAAAGUAGGCUCAUGGGUGCUACGUAAGUCUAUGUCUAUUUGUCGUCGUGGAAUGUCUGUUGGAAUUUUGAAUAACAUGUUGUAUGCUAUUGGUGGUCUUGAUGAAUCAACAUGUUACAAUCGUGUUGAAAGAUAUGACCCUGUGCUUGAUGAAUGGUUAGAAAUGGCCCCGAUGAAACUCCAACGAGGUGGUGUAGGUGCUAUUGCUUUUGAUGGAUUUCUUUAUGCUGUUGGUGGUAAUAAUGGUAGUUGUUCCCUGUCUUCAGUGGAGAAGUAUGACCCACAUCGUAAUUUAUGGUGUGAUGUACCUUCCAUGAAACAAGAAAGGGCUGGUCUUGGAGUGGCUGUCCUAAGUAAUUAUUUGUAUGCUGUUGGCGGCUUUGAUGAUUCACUUCCUUUGCAAUCUGUGGAAAGGUAUGAUAUUCAAACAGACACAUGGAGUAUCAUAUCCACUAUGAACUCUUGUCGAGGUGGUGUUGGAGUUUGUACUAUGGGAAAAAUGAUUUGGGCUGUUGGUGGUCAUGAUGGGAUGAACUAUUUAAAUUCUGUUGAAUACUAUGACAUUUCAACUGGAACAUGGAGUUUAGUUAGUUCCAUGGAGGUUGGUCGUGCUGGUGCUGGUGUAGUGACAUGUCAUUGCGACAUUGACAAGUUUGGUAAAACACAUGUUAUGGCUGAAACUGCAGUCGUAUGAUUAUAAAUUUACUCGCAAACCAUUUGAGUGAUAACUUGAUCAUGGCAUUAUAAGAGGAAAUCUACUUUAAACAUUAUUUAAGAUGCUUCAUUGUAAAUGAUAAUGACGUUGAUAUCAAUUCGAAAUAUUACUUGUAAAUUUUAUCUUGUCUUAUUAAUGUAACUUGUAUCUUGAGUUGACGAGAUGAUGUUUUUGGAAAUAUGUUUUAUCUUAUAUUUCUGUAAAUUCUCGGCUGGAAAAGAUCCUAGCAUUAUUUGCUAGACUUUCGCGGAAACAAUCUUUUGAGAAAAGAUAAAUGUUCCUAAAAUUCCCAAAAACUUUUAAAAAGUGGUUAUAAUUUUUGUUCAAUGUUCUUCGCGUUUGUGUUAUCGUUUCAUUUAAGUUAAUUUACUUUAUUAUUUUUUCAAUUUGCGUAGUCUAAAAUGUAAGAUAUAGUGUUUAGUAACCAGCCAGGUUUAUCGUCAGCUUAUUGUGUUAUAGCCAACAUGUGAAUUUUUUGUAGUUGUUAUUUACAAAAAUUGGCGGACGAUAAAGAGAGUGCAAAGCUCGACAAAAAAGUGUUGGCUGGUUACGUUACUGCGGCUGUAAAUAUUGUCUAGUCUAAUAUAUAAAAUUAAUAAAAAUUCUUUAUCUGUGUGA